UGUGGAGCUGUGUGUGUGGACCCGUGUGUGUGGAGUUGUGUGUGGGUUCAGUCUGCUUUUCGGAUCCGUGUCUCAGCAAAACUGAAAAGUGCAACACAGCUCCUGUCCGGCGGUCCCUUCACCGCUUGCAAUGUGACGUGCGGCACUGGCUGAAGAUACACAGUCUGUCCACAGGAGGGAGACAGCGCACAGCGUUAGGAAUAUACGGGAUAUACGGGUUUGGGCUUGCCACUGCCUGUAAAUACGGUGCUGGGCUCUCGAGUGGAGACUGUGGGAUUCACUUCAGCAAAGAAAAAUGGUCAGCAGAGAAGAAACAGCUUGGCAGAGCCCCCAGACAUGUCUGGCCUGCAGAUAACGGAUGAGCUGAGGAUCGUGCUGAUGGGCAGGACAGGAGCAGGGAAGAGCGCAUCAGGAAACACCCUCCUGGGCAGAGAGGAGUUUGAGGUCAAACCUCUUGCUGCUUCUGUGACUAAGGAGUGUUGCAGGAGGAGAGGUGCUGUCAGGAAUCGGCAUGUUGCUGUAGUCGACACCCCUGGAGUGUUUGACACACAUUUCUCCGAUCGAGAAAUCAGAAGCAAGCUUGUGGAGUGCAUCGCGCUGUCGGCCCCAGGAGCCCACGCCUUCCUCCUGGUGAUCCAGCUCGGCCAUUUCUCUGAGGAGGAGAGAGCUGCAGUGGAGAAGAUCCAGGACAUCUUCGGAGAGAAGGCACUGGACUACACCAUGGUCCUGUUCACCGGAGGGGACAGGCUGGGAGCAAAGCCGAUCGGAGAGUUCAUUGAGGGCGCGGGCGAGGGGCUGAAGGAGGUGGUGGAGAGGUGUGGAAACCGCUACCACGUCUUCGACAACGAGAGGAUGGACGACCGCGCGCAGGUCACCGAGCUGAUCCGCAAAAUCGAGGACAUGGUGCAGGCCAAUGGAGGAGACUGCUACACUAACGAGAUGUACCAGGAGGUGGAGGCCAUGAUCAGGAAGAGGGAAGAGGAGCUGAGGCAGGAAUACAAUCAGCAACUGCGCAAGAUAGGGGCGGAGCUACAGGCCAAAUAUGACAAACAGAUGAGUUCACAUGAGCAGGUUCAAGAGAGAAUGAGGGAAGAGCUGGAAGCCAAAAACAAGAAGAUCAGAGAACUUUAUGAGGAGAAAAUAAAGAGCACCAGGGAAAAAGGAGAAAUAAAGAUUGAACUUAAACAUUUGUGGAAAAAAAAUUGGGAGGAGAAGUGCAUUGUGCACUGAGUUUCUGAGGUCUUCCUCCAGCCCCUGGAAGCGAGAGAGGGACUCUGGCAGGAGGUGGUGUAAGACUUCAGCUGAGGGCAGUGUGGACCAGUCUUCACAGCACAGGUCUGAGCAGCAUAAUACUGGGUCUGUUCUGUCUCCAGUGCUGCUGUGGACAUCUGAGAUCUCUGUCAAAACACCCUGCAUUUAUAAUCUUAAUUCUUUGCUAAGUAAUAUGAGAGUGACUCUACAUAGCAGCAUCUUGUUGGACAUUUUCAUCCUUACUGAACAGUGCUUACUGUUUCCUGUAAGAGUGUGGGAUUGCUUGUGCUUUAGCCAUACAUGUGCGAAAUUAGUACUGAUUUGCCCCAGUGUUCAUGUCGUCGAAAAUGUUCUUCAACGGCCUGUUUUUCUUUUCAUUUAAAUCAAUGACUAAAUGUUCAGGAAAUGAAUCCAUAAUGACAGUGAUGACUAAAUGGCUUUGAAUUCUUGUCUGGGUAAAUAAGUCGUGAUGAAAUAACCUGUUUCACUUAAACUCAUAUGGAAAUGAAUUUUGUCACGUGAGGUUCACCGUUGGUGCAUUUCCUUUGUCUAGCCGUAACAGGUAUAAUCCUAGGGCCUCCGCCCUGCUCCUGUGUGAGAAUCACAAAGAUUGGGGUGUGCCACUCUUCUUUUAUCAGUCCUUCAUUUCCAUCCAGUCUUUUCCACACCCCAUGCUGUGAAUCCUUAUUGCAGUGUAAUUCAUCGACGCCCAGAUAAAUUGCAUUGUUCAUACGCUGAAAUAGAUUAUAGAAAAAAACUAGGGCACUUUGAUUAGAGAAAGAAAAGCAGCAGAGACACAAGGAAUUCAUGUAGUAUUCCAUGCUUUCAGGUGGAAGAAAAAGAUCCGGAGUCUAGCAGUACCUAAUAGACAACAAGGGCUUGUAAAACUUUACUGAAGAUGAAUAAUAAGUGACUGAUGAUAAAAUGGUUUUUAAUCAAGAAAACAUGAACGACUGUUAGAACCAGCCUCCUCGAUAUUCCCGGACAGGGUUUUAAUCCCAUCUAAUAUCUGAUAACCAUGGCAGGCGUGUGGGAAUGUGACACAGUGUCGUUCCCCCUGUAGGACCCGCUGUCCCCUCUCAUGUGCCUCCCCUGUGCAUGUCCAAGCCCUGCACUCCCCUCUCAUGUGACCCCCAUGUGGGCGUGUCCAAGCCCUGCAGUCCCCUCUCAUGUG